AUGUCCGGAAUUAUGCAAGCUGAUUUUAGCCACGCAAGAAGUCAAACCCUUCCCACCAAACUUCGAAGCCGCAUCUUAGACGAAUUACACUCAGCACAUACAGGAAUAGUCAAGAUGAAGGCUCUCGCUAGAAGCUACGUGUGGUGGCCAAAUACCGACGCUAACAUCAAAACUAUGGCCAGGGAAUGCCUAAAUUGUAGCAGGAUUCGACCAAACCCACCAAAGACGGGCAACCACCCAUGGGAAUACGCUAUAUCGCCGUGGCAACAAGUCCAUGUUGAUUACGCAGAUUUAUUCCAGAACAUCUACCUACUGAUACUGGUGGAUUCGUACUCAAAAUGGCUGGAAGUUAUUCCGACAAAAUCAAUGACUUCUGCUACCACAAUUAAGAUUCUACGGAAUAUAUUCGCACGUUUCGGUCUUCUAUACACCUUAGUCAGUGACAACGGAACCUGUUUCAAAUCAGAAGAAUUUGAAAAAUUCUUAGCAACAAAUGAAAUCCAGCAUAAGGUCACAGCACCAUAUCACCCGGCCAUGAACGGUCAAGCUAAACGUUACGUGCAAACAACGAAAAGAGCUCUAACUUCAAUGGAGUUAGAAUCGGGAGAUCUACAUCUUAAUUUGAACAAAUUUCUGAUACGAUACAAGAAAUCUCCAAAUAUAGCUACAGGCAUAAGCCCCGCAGAGCUCAUCUUUGGAAGGACCAUCCGUUGUAGACUGGGUCUAGUUAAGCACCAAGUUUCAACGGAACAGAACGAGAAAAGCAUGGCAGAAGGAAAGAAGCGGAAAUUUUUCAACAAAGGAACCAAGGUGCAAUAUAGAAACUACGGCAACAAAGCAAAGAAAUGGAAUUACGAUACGAUCGUAUCUAGAUCGAGAAAUCUUCAUUAUGAUAUCUCCGAUGACAUGGGACGUAUCCAACGUCACCUUGACCAAGUCCUGCCUUAUGAAGGACCAGUUCCUCACAAACCCAGUUUCAAGUUGGACGACGUAACGUCAGGAAACUCAAGCACGAUAGUGCAAACCAUCUCCCCAGCCUACAAGGAAUCCAAUACGGACGUCUCGAGCAAACCAUCUGGAGACGCAUCCCUGAAGACAUCUCCACAAUCAGGAAUCACGGAAGGGAGGCCCGCGGAAAAAUCCCCAACCGGUCCGAGACGAUCGCAACGAAUAAGUAAAUCAGUGAUUCGGUUAAACUUGUAA